AUUUCAAGCCCAGCCCAUGAACAUGCUUCGUUAAAAAAAACACUGCACAAUUUUGGCUAAUCGGCAACACUCCGCAAGUGCCCUCUCUCUGUCUCUCUCUCUCCCUCAUCAAUCAGUGAUUAGCCAUGAAGGUGCGUUCAUCAGUGAAGAAGAUGUGCGAGUUUUGUAGGACAGUUAAACGUCGUGGGCGUGUAUAUGUACUAUGCACAGCCAAUCCCAAGCACAAACAACGACAAGGCAUGUCAACAUUUGCAUAUGAAGGCCCACUGCCUCUGAUAUCCUCGGAGACAAAUGCCAAUCAGGAGACUUCGCUCGCUCACAGCUUGAGAGCUGGUGUGCCUUCUCUUAUUCCAAAAAAGAAUGAACCUUCUGUUAUGUUUGGAUGGAGAAUGGGUCUUGCUUCUCUUUUAUCCAAUCAGGACAGUAAGCAGUAGAAGAUAAUGCAGAAAUGUGGAAUCACGGGUCAACAGACAGCACUACCUAUUUUUAGCUCCUUGAAUUGCAUUAGUGCUUUACUAAUUCUCUGUCUCAUGAUUAUGUACUUUUGACUACCUUCGCCGGUGGGGAGAAUACCUUACAGUAAAAAGGAAGCAGAAUACUGGAAAAACAUUUGCGUAUGUUGCAUGUAUGGAAACCAAUCUUUAUUUUCAUUGCUGUCUAGUCUUGUUGAAAUUGUUUGAUUUUGGUUAGACCUUUCUUUCUUUGUUUUGGGAUUAAAAAACAAUCGUAAUUUAGAAUUCAAAAUAGUCUACAAUAUUCAUUUUGCUAGGGCCAUUAGGAUUGCUGUGUCUGGCUUUUGAAAUGGAUGAAUAAAACAUUUGGCAGGUCUAGUUA